AUGAAUUUCGUCAUUUUUUCAGCCAUAACUUAUGCUUAUGAUGGUUUCAGCGAUGCGGAAGAUGCUGUUCGUGGUCGAGAUGGCUAUGACUUUGAUGGAUCUCGCAUUCGCGUUGAGUUCACGCGUGGAGUUGGACCUCGUGGUCCCGGAGGCCGCCCAUUGAAUGGUGGUAUGACUGGUGGUCGUGGUGGAGGAUAUGGCAGUUAUGGUGGAGAUUUUGGCGGUCGUCCUCGUGGUGGUCCACCAAAUCGUCGCUCCAACCACCGUGUCAUCGUUGAAGGGCUUCCUCCCACAGGUUCUUGGCAGGAUCUCAAGGAUCAUAUGCGUGAGGCUGGAGAGGUUUGCUAUGCCGAUGUGGCGCGUGAUGGUACUGGUGUUGUGGAAUUCAUUCGUUACGAUGACAUGAAAUAUGCGGUGCGAAAACUAGACGACACCAAGUUCCGCUCUCAUGAGGGAGAGACAGCUUACAUUCGUGUGCGUGAAGACUCGAGCUCAGCUGGCGGCGGAUAUCGUGAUCGGUCCAGGUCGCGCAGUCCUCGUCGCUCUUCUCCAAAGUACAGCCCGCGUCGUUCUGCUUCACGAUCACGAUCUCGCAGUCUUUCGCGCGAUUAA